AAUGAAGAAGUGGGAUGGGUCCAAAAUCGGAAAGAGAGAGAGAGAGAGAGAGAGAGAGAGAGAGAGAGAGAGUAUACAAAGAACGAUGAGAAGAUAGGGACAUAUUUGCUUCGGAAGCAAACAACUUUGCAAGCCAAUUCGCAGUUGUUAGCACCAUAAAUCUACAAUUUUAUUAUUUAUUAUUUAUAUAAUUGCAAGACAUGUGGCACCCUCUACUCAUUUGGAGGUUAUGAGAAGUUAUGAAAUUUGGAAAGGUGAUGGAGCACAUGGAGCAUGAAGUGAAGGUUGAAGGAAGUUAUGAAAGAUCAUGGAAGAUCAUAAAGUAUGAAAUGGAGGAGGUGGAAGAGUGGGUAGUUUUUCUGUAUCAUUGUUGUUUGUAAAAAAUUUGAUGAAAUUUUGAGUCUAUAACAUUACUCGUGUACUAAAUUAAUUAGGAAUGUGUGUACAUCUCAAGGGUAAAGAUGAUAUAUUGGGGUGUGUAUUGAUUAAACUUUAAAAUUGUUCAGGUGUCAAUUAAGUAAUGAUGUGUCUUGAGAUAAUUAAUGGGGUGUAAAUAGAAGUUCCCUUGUUCAUUGAAUUAACCGACUGACAGAAGGACUGAAUUGUUACAUUAUUUUCAAAUGUAUGAGUGCAUUGGUAUUUCAAUUAUUAAAGAGGGUGGAAGUGAUAUUGUAAGAAAAUAGAGGGGUAUGAGUGUAAUUUACCCUUAAUUGAUUGAUAAUAUUGGUAAGGAAAUAUCAGAACCUCAUAUCUUUAGAAAUGGAGAAUUUGACGAAUGAAGCUCUUGAAGCUCCUGGAGAUUUUAAAAACUUCCCUGCACUCAAUUGUAUCGAUCUUUCUAGCCAUGACAUUCAUGACUCUGUUUCUUUACUCAAACAGGCAUGUUUGGAUUCUGGGUUUUUCUAUGUGAUCAAUCAUGGAAUCAGCCAGGAAUUUAUGGAUGAGGUUUUUUACCAAAGAAAAAGUUUUUUUUGAUCUACCAGUAAGUGAGAAAAUGAAGGUUCUUAGGAACAAGAAACAUCGAAGUUACACUCCCCUUUUCGAUGAACAUUUGGAUCCUGUCAAUCAAAUACAUGGAGAUUAUAAGGAGGGACAUUACAUUGGAAUAGAAGUACCUGAAAACGAUCCUGACAUAGAAAAGCUAUUAUAUGGACCAAAUGUCUGGCCCCCUUCUGAUAUCUUGCCUAGAUGGAGGGAAACUAUGGAGAAAUAUCAUAGAGAGGCACUUGAGGUGGCAAAAGCAAUUUCAAGGAUCAUAGCUCUUGCACUUAACCUCGAGGUUGACUUUUUUGAUAGACAAGAAAUGCUUGGGAAGCCUAUUGCAAACUUGCGUCUGCUACACUAUGAAGGUGAAAAUUAAAUUGAAGAUCAUGGAAUUCUAAUGUAAUUGAUGUCACCUGUAU